AUGAUACCACAGAGUGGGGGAGAGUUUGUGUACAUAAAGAAAGCGUACGGGAAACUUGCAGCCUUCCUCUUCUCUUUUUGUACAGUCUUCCUUAUCAAGCCUGCCUCAAUGUCAGUGGUUGCCCUGGUGUUCGGGGAGUACUUCUCUCACCUUACUUUGGGGCAUGCUAGCAACUUAUGGUUUUCUAAAGGAGUUGGUGCUCUUCUUAUAGUGGUUUUAGGUGUUUUCAACGUAGUAGGAGUACAGGCUAUAACAAAGCUACUGAGUCUAGCUUCAGUGUUAAAGUUAGCGGUGGUGGGGUUCCUUAUCUCGUGUGGUAUCACUGUCCUUAUCAAGGGUCAAGGAGAAAUAGGAAACUUCCAACCUCCCCUCUCCUUCGAAGGGUCCUCUACUAACCCCGCAGACUACGGGCUAGCAUUUUACUACUGUCUGUGGACAUUCCAAGCCUGGAAUUCUCUAAACUACAUGACAGAAGAGCUGAAGACACCAGAGAAGACACUGCCAAUAGGAGGGUUGGUGGGGAUGGUAGCAGUGGCUGUCAGCUACUUUCUCUGUAACCUAGCUUACCUCAUGAUGUUCACACUGCACCACAUUGUGGAUACUAAAACUAUUGCUAUGAUAGUCGAUACUAACACUAUUGCUAUGGAUAGCGGGUUCAUUGCGUUUGGCAGAGCGGGUGAGAUAACCAUGAGCUUAGGACUGUUAGUCUCGUGCCUGGGGUGUCUGGGCGGUGCUAUCUGCUGUAUAUCACGAAACAUUCAGAGCACAGCAGAAACGGGAAUAUUCCCAUCGUUCUUAAGCGGGAUCAACAAAACCUUCCAGACACCAAUCAAAGCUAUCAUCACUGUGGUACUGACAAUGAGUGUGUAUGUUCUGGUGGACGCCAACAUGCUGAUCCCCUUCUUAAGCACUGUAGAGUGGUUAUUCUACUGUGUGACGUUCUCCACUAUUCUUUACUUACGGUAUAAGGAACCCAACUCGAAGAGGCCUUUCAAGGUGGGUUAUUAA